AUGCCCAACAGAGGCCCCACUCUGAUCAACCUCCCUCCGCCUCCCUCAGAUCCUGCCACACCCAGCGAAAUGGGUCCCGGCACUCCCAACUCCACCACCACCUCUCUCUCGGCGUUGUCUGUUGUCGCCAUCAAAGACGGCGCAAUGGGUCAUGGCGGCCGAGGAGCAGCCGCAUCUGCGAAUACUCUUGAAGCCGAACGAGCCGACCGCAUCUCCCGCCUUGCAGGCCUUGAGAGGGUUGCGACUUCUCGACCGACACCGCUGGGACACCUUGCCCCGGGCUCCGGCGCUCUCUAUGGACAAGCCUUUGACAACGCGCCUCAAUUCAAAGAACGAAGCACUGUUGGGAGCGCCAGUGCAACAGGCAGCGAUCCUGAUGACGGGGUCUCUAGCACAGGAGGAUUCAGUGACGAAGACAAGGCAAGUCUGGUCGGAUUUGGUGAAGGGGCAGGUAGCACAGUCAGCGGCCCCGUCUCCACUCCCUACAACACUCGUGCUUCUAUUUCUCGACAAAGUACCAACGUCAAUGCACCUUCCACCCCACGGACCGGGACUUUACCGAUGUUUGGCUCUGGGCAGAGCACGCCCAUGAGUGGCAUUACUCCAAGUGCAGCUGCCGGAAGUACCGAUCCUAAGAUGAUGGAUGGGAUGAGUUACGACCAGAAUUUUCUCGACACGACGAUGCAGCCAGCCCCUCCCAUCGACGACCCCACUACUCAUCCUCAAGCCCAUCGAUUUUCAGGGAUGGGAACUGAAAUGGCAGAGGAAGUCAUGCGAGAUCGACUUAGAGAUCUGGAACAGGCGCAGCAGUCGAUGCAGCCAGGGGACGGGCAGACAUUGGGCAGAUUUCCUUUCGAAAAGGAAUAA